CAAUUCCACGAAGGAAAUGCAGAGGAAAUGAAAUUUGAAAGGAAAAGACAAAACCAGCUGUGGGUGGAAUGUACACGAUCUCAAGUACAGAUUUUGACUGCAUCCCAAACACUUCCUUAUGCCAACCACCGUAACCCGUCAAACCGCUUUGACGGGCCCGGUUCUAUGAUAUUUCUCGCUCCGUCUUCUCUCUCUAUCCCUUUCGCUGGAGCCAUUAAAUCUGGGUUUCUGUUAGGGUUUUUUUCUGGUACUGAGAUGGUGGUGUCUGAGAGAUCUUCGCCAACUCCACCACAACCGGCCGCAGCGAAGGAGUAUGGUGUGACAAAGCCAAUAUCUCUUGCUGGGCCAACUGAGGCGGAUCUUCACCGAAAUGCCGAACUGAAAAAGUUUUUGAUCAAGUCUAUGCUUUAUGAGAGCAAGGAAGACUCUAAGAGCAGAGAAGAUGUUAUGCAGCGUAUUGAUCAGAUUGUAAAAUAUUGGGUGAAGCAGUUAACUCGCCAGAGAGGGUACACAGAUCAAAUGGUGGAAGAUGCAAAUGCUGUCAUAUUUACUUUUGGGUCAUAUCGGCUGGGGGUACAUGGGCCGGGGUCUGACAUGGACACCUUGUGUGUUGGGCCGUCUUAUGUGAACCGAGAGGAAGAUUUCUUUAUUGUUUUGCAUGAUAUUCUAGCUGAAAUGGAAGAGGUUACUGAACUUCAGCCGGUUCCAGAUGCUCAUGUCCCAGUAAUGAAGUUCAAAUUUCAGGGAAUAUCAAUCGAUCUCCUUUAUGCAAGUAUAUCCCUUUUGGUUAUACCAGAAGAUUUGGACAUCUCACAUGGGUCUGUUCUGUAUGAUGUGGAUGAGCAAACUGUUCGAAGUCUUAAUGGAUGCAGGGUUGCAGAUCAAAUUCUUAAACUUGUUCCAAAUAUUGAGCACUUCCGCACGACUCUCAGAUGUUUAAAGUUUUGGGCUAAAAGGCGCGGUGUUUAUUCAAAUGUUACUGGAUUUCUUGGCGGUGUAAAUUGGGCUCUUUUGGUUGCUAGGAUAUGCCAGCUUUAUCCCAAUGCUAUUCCUAGUAUGCUGGUUUCCAGAUUCUUCAGAGUCUAUACACAGUGGCGUUGGCCAAAUCCUGUGAUGCUUUGCUUGAUAGAAGAGGAUGAACUUGGGUUUCCCGUCUGGGAUCCUCGAAAAAAUCCUCGGGACCGAACUCAUCAUAUGCCAAUUAUAACUCCCGCAUACCCUUGUAUGAACUCUAGCUACAAUGUCUCAACAAGUACUCUGCGGGUAAUGAUGGAUCAAUUUCACCAUGGAAACAGCAUCUGUGAGGAGAUAGAGUUGAACAAAGCCCAGUGGAAUUCUUUUUUUGAGCCUUACCUGUUUUUUGAGGCAUACAAAAACUAUUUGCAGAUUGACAUAAUUGCUGCAGAUGCAGAUGAUUUGUUAGCUUGGAGAGGCUGGGUGGAAUCGCGGCUCAGACAGCUCACACUGAAGAUAGAAAGGGACACGUAUGGGAUGUUGCAGUGCCAUCCUUAUCCAAAUGAGUAUACAGACACAUCCAAGCCAUGCCCCCAUUGUUCUUUUUUCAUGGGCUUGCAGAGGAAACAGGGAGUGAGAGUUCAGGAAGGCCAGCAAUUUGAUAUACGCGGAACAGUUGACGAGUUUAGACAAGAUGUAAACAUGUAUAUGUUUUGGAAACAUGGGAUGGAUAUCUAUGUUUCUCAUGUUCGAAGGAAGCAAAUUCCGGCAUAUGUUUUUCCUGAUGGGUAUAAACGACCACGACCAUCAAGGCAUACAAGCCAAGGGGUUGAUAGAAGUCCUGGAGUUGAUGCUGAAGGCUGCAGGUCAAGAUCAGAAGGGCACCCCAAGAGGAAACAUGGUCCUGAAAUGGAAGAUGUGAAGGCAGAAAAACGAGGGAAGCGAAACUCUAUUAGCCCACAACGGCUUGAUUCGGUUUCUUCUGCCUUCAGUGAGGAGGUUAAAUUACAGCACUUGGUGGCUGGGAAUGUGGAUAGCAAUUUAGAGAAUAGGUCAUCUAGUGGGCUAGUAGAGAGUGAAAGAGGUAAUGUUGUGUGUGAUGUGCAAAAAUUGGGAGAAACUGAUGAUCAGAAAUCCGUCACCCCGAAUGAAUGUAAUUCCUUAAAUGCAUGUGAUACAUCAGGAGUUUGGAAUGAGGUAAAGCCAAAUGAACCUGUGGCAGAACCCCCUCCUAGCAAAGAGCUGUUCGCUCCAUGUGAAGUUAAGACUCAGUUUAAUUUAAAGGUUAGACUAAAGGAGGAUAAAGUUGAAGAUCCGGCUUUAACUGAUGCUGAGACUGGAAAUGCUAGGAGACUGCCGAAUGAGAUGGAGAUGGUUUUUGGCGGGGAUGGAGAGCUACUAAAACCAUGUAAGCAGACAGCAGGGUCAGAAAAUGACAGAAGUGUUCUUGGAUCAGAUUCCAGCAUGCAGAACCUCAAUUGCGAGGAAUCCUUGCAGGGUGCUGUGUGUGCAGCAGAUUCAGACUCACUACUGGGAAAUGGGUGUCUAAAUGGGAACGGAAUAUGUGAAAACAACUUGAUGGAAGAAUUGAAGGUGUUCCAUUAUCAUUUGAUCAUUGUAACUUUUUCCUCAGACAAUCUCUUAACUGGUGCAUAUGUCGUGGUUGGGUCCUUCACCACUAUACGUGCUACAGCUGCAGUUACUGUGCUUAAGAACCCGACCAUGUUUUGUGUCCAAGGCUUGGAUACAUGAUCCUCCUUUCUCCAUCUAUUUCCUAGUUAUUAUUUAUUUUUUGAAUUUUAAACCUUCUGUUUUUUUCUCUUGUUUUAUGUAGCCAAAUACUGCCCUUGGGACGGUAGAAGCUCAGGAUGGGCUAGUUCUGAAUCUGUGCAGAAGUCGGUCUUAAGGCACGUGUUUUUUAGCCUUAAAUUCUGUGUAUGAUUGAUCUUAUCUUUAUACUGCCGUGUUUGGUUGUUUGCGUGGCUUUCUUUUUAGCAGGUUGAGCCUGAAAUCAACUGCGUAGAAGUUGGGAAAUGAAUUAUCCUAUGAACUGUUGCUGUGGAAGGAGAGGACCAACACCUUGGACGGGAAGCUUUCGUCAUGGUCUUUAAGGUGCACACAUUUGUGUCAUCUUACAGACUGGGGAGCAAGAGCAAUGGAGAGAAUUGUGCAUAACCGGACCUUUUAGUAAAUACCGUUCUGGUGGUGUAUUAUGCUGUCUUAGAAGUUGUUUUAGCCAUCUGUACCAAGGACUGAAAGUAAAAAGGAAAAAAAAAACAAAAAACAAAAAACAAAAAACGAAAGAAAAAGAAAAAAAACUUGUGAUCCUUUGAACUUUGAAGUUGCUACAUGAAAGGAAGCUUGGUGCUUUCUAGACUUGGCAGCGUGUUAUUUUAGUAGCUUUUCUUCUUGUUAUUGUGCA